AUGACCGUCAGGAAAGCUGAUAAGCCUAGGGAAACGCUGGAAGAUCGUUGUGGGCGAUCGUAUCACGUUGAAAGUCACACCCUGGGAGGGUGUGGUAUGCUUGGGAAGCGUGACGAGCUUAACUUAUGUCACGUUGGGCCAUUCAACCAUCUUGGAAGAAUCGGUAACGUGACCUACAAACACGAGUUACCUAAUGAAUUGGGUAACGUUCACGAUGUCAUUUAUGUCUCGAAUUUAAAGAAGCGUUUAUCCGAUGAAACACUUGUGGUACCCUUACUAUCGCCUAAGGUUAACAACAAGUUGCAGUUGUCAAGGAAACCUAUUGAGAUCAUGGACCAGGAAGUUAAGGUUCGUUAA